AUGUCUGUCUGUCUGUCUGUCUGUCUGUCUGUCUGUUUGCUUGUCUGUCUGUCAGUCUGUCUGCUUGUCUGUCUGUCUUUCUGUCUGUCGCCUGUCCGUCUGUUUGUCUGUCUGUCUGUCUGUUUGUCUGUCUGUCUCUGUUUUGCCACUAAAACCUGUUUCUAUUAGACACACUUUGAAGCUCACCGGCACAGUUCUGUGAGUCUAAUGGCAUCCAUGGGCGAUGGCGUCUGGAUGGCAUUCAAAACCGAUAACAGUCUUCAAUUGUAUCAUGCAGAGACUUACGAAAGUGUCCAAGACCUCGAUGUCCAACGCCACGUCCAACGACUCCUUGAUAUCCCCGUAUUGCCAACAAGGCCGUCGUCAUCAGUCAGAGUGGUUCAACUAAUUCUGGCCGACAAUGCACUCUGGAUCGGCACCAGCAACGGCAUGAUACUCUCCGUGCCACUGACUCUCAGUCAGGACCUUCAACUUCGAUUGCUACAACGUGCAGGAGAGCUUCGUGCUACGAUAAGAGAGUCGAACCUUCCAUGCUGCUUCUGCUGGGACGUUCGGAUAAACCUCCAUGGUCAUACGCAUGGCAUCAAGGCUCUUGUCGCUACCCCAUCAUCGUCGUCCACGUCGGAGGAAAUAAUCGAAGAUGGCUAUAUGUUUGUUGAUUCGCGGAAAACAUUGGUUGUGAGUGCCGGAGAGGGGUCUGUUGAUUUUCGAGCGAAGGAGGGUACUCUGGCCAGUGUAAAGCCCAUCGCCAGGGCAAUGUCACCGACAAAGGUGGUGACACCUGAAUGUAUAUAUGUAAAUGCAUGGGAGGUAGAAAGUCGGGCCAUGAUGGUGGAAGAAUCGAAUGAGACCACGUAGAAACAUUUUUCGUCGUAAUUUUUUAUAAGUGUUUUAAUCGGUCGCCGUCAGUCGUCAGAUAUUGACUUACUAUAUAUGUCUAUUUGUAUAUGUUGUUUGAUUGGGCAAUACGAAAACGUUUGACAU